GGAAAGGGAGGCUGCCUGGGCCUGCCCUGAGGAUCGAGCCCGAGGGGACAGAUGUAGAGAAUGCUCGUAGGCUCCCCUCCCUGGUUCCUCCGACCUCCCUGGGCUUGGGAUUCCUGAUUAGGGAAGCUUGGCUGGCUCCAGUCACCCUCUCCCCUGUGCUGGCCUUGCUGAGAUGGGCCCCAGGCAGGCCCUAGGCGGCAGGAAAGAGACUCCUCACAUGACUCGGCGGAAUCCUCCUGCUCCCCCUUCCCACGCUGCAUGCUCCAGACGGCGCAGCAGAAAUGCAGAGGAAUCGGGGCCUAGCAUGGGCUAGAAGGGUCCUGCUGCUCAGCAUCGUCGGGACCAUGGGACCCCUGCCCUCCCCGGGAGCCUCCCUGCCUCAGCGUCUCCCAAGGGCCACAGGAAAUAGCACCCAGUGUGUUCUGUCUCCUUCAUCCGAGUUUCCCGAAGGGUUUUUCACGCAACAGGAGCGUGCAGACGGGGGCGUCGUUAUCUACUUCCUCAUCAUCCUUUACAUGUUCCUGGCCGUGUCGAUUGUCUGUGACGAGUACUUUUUGCCCUCCCUGGAAAUCAUCAGUGAAUCCCUUGGAUUAUCUCAGGAUGUUGCAGGUGCAACUUUCAUGGCAGCGGGUAGCUCAGCUCCUGAAUUAGUUACUGCUUUUCUAGGUGUAUUUAUCACAAAAGGAGACAUCGGCAUUAGCACCAUUCUCGGAUCUGCAAUUUACAAUCUCCUUGGCAUCUGCGCAGCCUGUGGCUUGCUCUCUAACAUGGCCUCACCACUGUCCUGCUGGCCUCUAUUCAGAGACUGCACAGCAUACACCGUGAGUGCAGCAGCGGUUUUUGCUGUAAUAUUUGACAACCAAGUUUACUGGUAUGAAGGGAGUUUACUACUUUUGAUAUAUGGACUCUACGUUCUGGUGCUGUGUUUUGACGUUAAAAUUCAGCAAUGCGUUGUAAGGAAGUGCAGUCCCUGCUGCACCUGUCUUGUCCAAGCUAUGGAGGAGAGAAGCGAGCAGGUACCGAUGGAAUGGGAAGAUGAGGGUCAGCCGUUCAUUCGCCGGCAGUCAAGAACCGACAGUGGGAUAUUUCACGAGGACUCUGGCUACUCCCAGCUCUCCCUAAGUUUACAUGGUCUCAGUCAAGCGUCUGAAGACCCACCAAGUGUUUUCCAUGUGCCUGAAGCAGACUUUAGAAGAAUUUUUUGGGUAUUAUCCCUUCCUAUCAUUACAUUACUUUUUCUAACAACACCAGAUUGUCGAAGAAUGUUUUGGAAAAAAUACUACAUAAUAACCUUUUUCAUGUCUGCACUAUGGAUAUCUGCAUUUACAUAUGUCCUGGUUUGGAUGGUCACUAUAACUGGCGAAACGCUGCAGAUCCCGGACACAGUGAUGGGCCUCACUCUGUUAGCAGCAGGAACCAGCAUUCCAGACACCGUCGCAAGCGUGCUGGUGGCCAGAAAAGGGAAAGGCGACAUGGCUAUGUCUAACAUCGUAGGAUCCAACGUGUUUGAUAUGCUAUGCUUAGGCGUUCCCUGGCUCAUUCAAACUGCAUUCAUAAACACAUCAGCUCCUGUAGGAGUGAACAGCAGAGGACUCACUUACAUCACUGUCGCCCUCAACUUUUCAAUUCUUUUUCUCUUCCUAGCAGUUCACUUUAAUGGCUGGAAACUGGACAGAAAGUUGGGAGCAGGCUGCCUGUUACUGUACGUGGGGCUCGCUACACUAUCAGUUCUAUAUGAACUUGGAAUUAUUGGCAAUAAUAAAAUAAAGGGUUGUGGAGGCUGAUUUUAUUAACAGUGCUAUGUGAAAAAUGUGAAUGGGAGAACAUGGAAAAAUCCCUUUCUUCAUUUAAAUCAAAUAAAAAACAUCCUGAACUUUA